ACACCGAGAGAGAGAACGAGAGAGCGGGAAAUUCACAACCUCACAUCCGAUUAUUCUGUGAUCCUUCCACCACAAGUCAAACACGGCACUGACCAAAUGUCUGCCCUCGUCAACGCUCUGUCCAUCUCCAGCCCCGGCUUCCUCGCUUCUUCCUGCUUCUCCAUAAUUCCUACUUAUGGCUCUACUCCCUUCUCGCCACCAUCUUGGUCUUCGCGGUAUCGGAAACACAACUAGAUCUCUUGAACGAUUUCACCGCCCAGUCUUCUUUGAUGCGGCAAUUUGGACGAUCGCGCUGGUGGCGGGAAGUGAUAGAAAUCGAGAUUUGAAGUGUUUCCACGAAUUGGACUGUUUCGGAUGCUUGAGUUCAUUUGAUUGUGUUUAUCUUUGUUCUCUGUGCUGCUCCGUGGUGGAUUAGGGUUUGAGGAUUGCAGUUACGAAUUUAGAGAGGAAAUCUUUGCAGAGGCAUUGCUGGCCCUGGUUUCAGUAACUAGGGGCCGGGAAUCAUGGAGAUCGAACUAGAACAAGGAUGGGAGAUUGUGCUGAGGGGUUUUAAUAAGCUGAAGAACAUAGUGGAAGGACUACCGGAGCCACAGUUCACCUCCGAGGACUACAUGAAGCUAUACACAACCGUCUAUACAAUGUGCACUCAGAAGCCUCCUCAUGAUUACUCUCAACAGUUGUAUGACAGGUACAGGGAGUCCAUUGAAGAUUACAUUACCUCAACGGUAUUACCAUCCUUGAGGGAAAAGCAUGAUGAAUUCAUGUUGAGGGAGCUUGUGAAGAGAUGGGCAAACCAUAAAGUUAUGGUUAGAUGGCUAUCUCGUUUCUUUCAUUUCCUUGAUCGGAGAUUUUGUCCUCGAAGAUCACUUCCACCGCUCAAUGAAGUUGGGUUCAAUUGCUUCCGCAGCCUGCUGUACCAAGAAUUUAGUGGGGAAGUUAGGGAUGCUGUAAUUUCUUUGAUUGAUCAAGACCGUGAAGGGGAGGAGAUUGACCGAGCUUUGUUGAAAAAUGUUGUGGAUAUUUUUGUUGAAAUUGGUAUGGGACGAAUGGAUUGCUAUGAGAAUGAUUUGGAGGCAGCUAUGCUAGAAGCUACUGCUGUUUAUUAUUCUCGCAAGGCUUCAAACUGGAUCCUAGAAGAUUCGUGUCCAGAUUACUUGUUAAAAGCUGAGGAAUGUUUGAAAAGGGAGAAAGACAGGGUUUCUCAUUACCUGCACUCCAGAAGUGAGCGGAAGUUGUUGGAGAAAGUCCAAAACGAGCUGCUUUCUCUUCAUGAAAACCAACUCCUCGAGAACAAGGACUCAGGAUUGCACGUGUUGCUCAGAGAUGACAUGGUCGAUGAUUUGUCAAGAAUGUUCAGGCUCUUUUCAAGAUUACCAUAUGGCUUAGAAACGGUUGCUGAUUUAUUCAGACAGCAUGUUACUGGUGAAGGUACAGCUUUGGUAAAACAGGCUGAAGAUGCUGCAAGCAACAAGAAGUGCUUGUCAGAACCUGAUUCUGUUGGUCUUCAGGUUUUUGUUAGGAAGGUGAUCGAGCUGCAUGACAAGUAUCUGGCUUAUGUCAGUGAUUGCUUCCAGAACCACACUCUUUUCCACAAGGCUCUGAAAGAAGCUUUUGAGAUCUUCUGCAACAAGGGCGUUUCCGGUAGUUCAAGUGCAGAGUUAUUAGCCACUUUUUGUGACAAUAUUCUUAAGAAAGGAGGAAGCGAGAAACUCAGUGAUGAAGCUAUUGAGGAAACUUUGGAAAAGGUGGUGAAGCUUCUUGCUUACAUAAGUGACAAAGACUUAUUUGCUGAGUUUUAUAGGAAAAAGCUUGCCCGCCGGCUUCUUUUUGAUAAGAGUGCCAAUGAUGACCAUGAGAGAAGUAUCCUGACAAAGUUAAAGCAGCAAUGUGGUGGUCAGUUUACUUCCAAGAUGGAGGGAAUGGUGACAGAUUUGACACUGGCAAGAGAGAACCAGACUAGUUUUGAAGAGUAUCUGGGCAAUAAUGCCAAUGCAAAUCCAGGCAUCGACCUGACGGUCACAGUCUUGACAACUGGGUUCUGGCCAAGUUACAAGUCCUUUGACUUGAACCUUCCAGUAGAGAUGGUAAAAUGUGUUGAGGUUUUCCGAGAAUUUUAUCAAACAAAGACAAAGCACAGAAAAAUUACAUGGAUAUACUCUCUCGGGACUUGCAACCUCAUUGGUAAAUUCGAACCAAAAACCAUGGAGCUCAUAGUGACGACAUAUCAGGCAUCUGCAUUGCUACUCUUCAACACUGCAGAUAGACUGAGUUACUCGGAGAUCAUGGCCCAAUUGAAUCUGACCGAUGAUGAUGUCGUCAGAUUGCUCCAUUCUUUGUCCUGUGCGAAAUACAAGAUUCUAAUCAAAGAUCCAAACACAAAAACCAUCUCUCCUACUGAUAGCUUCGAAUUCAACACGAAGUUUACAGACAAAAUGAGGAGGAUAAAGAUCCCCCUCCCUCCAGUGGAUGAGAAGAAGAAAGUCAUAGAAGACGUCGAUAAGGACAGACGGUACGCCAUUGAUGCUUCCAUCGUGCGUAUCAUGAAGAGUCGUAAAACUUUGUGUCACCAGCCGUUGGUAAUGGAAUGUGUUGCACAGUUGGGCCGCAUGUUCAAGCCUGAUAUCAAAGCAAUCAAGAAGCGGAUUGAAGACCUGAUCAGUCGGGACUAUCUCGAGAGGGACAAAGACAACCCCAAUUUGUUCAGAUACCUUGCAUAAAUUAGCCACAUUCCUGAUCGAAUCAAUCAAAUGGCGACAAUGGUAGGUCGAACACGCACCAAAAACAGGCGACUCGUACAUGAGUGCUGAGGAAAAUGAAAAUCAUGUACAAAUGACAAAUCAAGCCGAACCUUCCUCUGGUGAUUGCUCGGAGCCCGGAUAGCCUGAGAGGUCGCUCUUUUCUUGUAAAUUAAUCCUUGCGAGAGCCUGAUUGUAAAGAAGUCCCUAUAAUGUGCAUCCCCGUGAUCCAAAGGGUUGUAGUUGAUUCAGCCAUCGACGAGCUUGAACUCACCUGAUCGUGCUUGAUUCGCUGGCUCUCUGCUGAAGAUGGUGAUGAAAUGAAUGUAAUUAGAUGUGUACUUAACGUGUGCAGUUGUGAUUUAGUUCCAGGAUUAAAGAGGAGGAUCCAAGAGGCAAAUCUCGCUUUGCCUUUGGGACUCGCAAAUUGGGACAUUGAUGGAACUGUUUAUGUUGCUUCUCCAUAUGUGCAUCUUUUCUGUUCUCCUGAAGCUAUUGUUUGAUGUGAUGAACGGUGUUGAGUAUAUUCUUUGGGUUACAUGCCUACUGCCAAACCAAUACAUAUUAUAUGAG